AUGGAUGGUGUUGAUGAUUGGUACCUGCCAGCUCCAACUUCAACAGCAGCGCAGCAAAAACCAAGUGAAAGUCUGGGUUCGCGCGAUGCUGCAGCCAAGGAGACUCCUUGCAAUGGGAGGUAUCUUACUGAGGAAGCCUUCUCCAAACUGAAAUUGAAGUGGGAAGGGAAAUUGCUCAUCGACCCUUCCCAGACCAGUUUGGGCACCUGGCUCUGUGGCAGAUGGCAGAACGGGCAAUUUCUCGUAUUUUGUUCUGUGUGUGCCAGGAUGGAGCCUGGCAGCAAGGGAAGCAGCUCUUGGGCAUCUGGCUUUCAGCCCACCACCAGAAGCUUUCAGUUCGCUCAUGUGCAACGACACUGCUGCGCAAGUAAGCAGCACAAGGACGCAGUCCAAGCUUAUUUGAAGUCUUUGGGUCUGCAAAGUGAAGUACCUGAAGAGGAAGCAUCUUUUCUGAACCAGGAGCAGUUUCGGGCUGCCCUGAAAAAAACAUGGGACGGCUGCAGACAGGGUCAUUCUUUUCGAAGCCUGGCAGAUGAUGAUGUGGGUUCCAAGGCGCGUGCUGGUCGACUUGUUGAAAUCAUGGGAUGCGCGUGCCUUGCAGGGGACCAAAACCUUGUCCGAGCCUGUGAUGUUCUGGCUUUCUACCAAGAUGUCCGGGCAGGCAUGUUGUGUAUUCGAUACUCUGCAGUCUCGCUGGACUCACAGAUUUGUCACCACGGUGUGCUCGGCCUUUGUCAUCAUGCUGGCACAAAAAGUUUGGAUCUCGUUCAGGCGAUGGACAAAGUGAUUAACAGCUUUUGCACACUAGCUUCUGGUGAUCUCGACGAACAGCUUAAGCAGCACAUAUGCCAGCAUACUGAAUUUUUGCAAGCUGACGGCGCAAGUGAUGAACAACUCACAAUGCGCUUUGCAGAGCAAGACUUGUUGCAUGGUGUCAGAUUGCUUGACAAGGACCCAACCCACGCAGCACGCCGACUGCUGCGCAAUGCAUGGAAGGCAGACCCUUAUUUGGACUCUGUCCUGGCUCAGUACAUCACCUCACCAGAAUCCAUGGUGUCCUUGAUCCAGUAUUCGCCAGACCUGAAAUCCUUGUUCGAAGUUGCUGUGUUGAGUGAUGACAAUGCCCCAUUUUCGGUGAGAAACCUGGGGUGGGCUGCCCAUCGGUUUGAUUCGCUGACGAAGCCUCUCUCCCGAUUUGUGGUGCUCUUUGACAGCAUUUGGGCAUGUGCAAUUGACAUAUGGAACAGACGCAAGGGCAGUCGCCCUGGAGAAAGGGCGCAUGCUUUCUUAGCCGAAUGCAGCACAGAAUCCCUGCUCCAGCUUGCGAUGCUGGCCGAUGGCUCUGCAGAAACCCUGGAACUAAUUAGAUUCUUUGAUAAAGAGUCAUAUGACUCUGCUGCAGUGGCAGAAAUGUUGGCGCAGUACAAACAUCGAUUGGACACUCUCUUUGUCCAGCGAGAGGUGUUGCAGUGCCCCGGCCACACAACUCACCUCAUUGGUUUGUUGCAGUCAAAAGAAAGGACGGCAGUUUUGAAGCACGGUUUGUUGAAGAUUCUGGGGGGUCCUGGCAGCGUUCCCCCUGAACUACUUGAUCGCUGCAUUGGUCGCAUGUGCAACUGGGUAACGCUUGUUUACACCCGCGUGGCUGCAGAAUUUCCCAACCAUGACCUGCUCAACAGUAUGAGGUUGAGCAAUCACGACACGAAUUUGAUUGAUGUUCUGCUUUGCCGCUACUACUGUCUUAAUGGCUUCACAACAAGUGGUGUAGAACAAUCUUUUUCUAGCUUUGUUCGCACAUUGGGUGACUACCGCGUGCAUAUGCUGCCGUCAUUGCAAGAGCAUCUCCUGCGUGUGGUGCUUGCAGAAGAUUCCACCAUGAACAAAAAGUUCCUGGGGACAUGUGAGAAGAUGUGGACGCUUCGUUUUCAUGAGUUUCGUAAAGCCAUAAAGGAUCGCUUUCGCAGCGAGCCAAGUGGUGACAGCAAGCAGGCUAGGACAGAGACAUCCUGGCAAACCCAGAGACGCUCAGCGCUGCACGCUGCUGCUGCAAGCUCAACUGCCCGUGCCCCAGAGGAUGUCUUACAGGACGCAGCUGCAAUUGGUCGACAGUUUUGGCAGCCUGGGCAUGAUGAGGAGACGCAGGUUCUGCAGACCCUAGCAAAGGAUGCCAAAGUUCAGGCUUAUGGUCGCAACCAUCUGCUUCAGACAGAAAUUGGUGCGAACGAGGAGGCCCUGCGCCAGGAUCUGCAAACGUUGCAGUCCAAACGGAAGAAAGACGAAGAUGAGCACCGGCGCGCGUUCCAGAAGAUGCGCCGUUUGGCCCAAAGGCCUGACAUGGUUGUUGACGCCAGCCUGUUUCUGCACCUGGGGGAUGCACCGGCAGAUGCUCUCGAGGACCUGGCGUCAGCAAUGAUGCGCCAAAAUUUCUUUCUGUCUGAUGAGAUUCUUCCCAGUGAUUAUCAUGUGGUUCCGAAAAUUGAUGCAGCUCCCUUUCAGGCUCGACUCGCUGCUGCUUUCUGUGGCAGCGCCUUGUGCAACAUGAUUUACAUCAUAAGUGGUGGGAAAGACGGUACAUGCGUUGCAAACAAGAGGGCUCUGUCAACGCAGCGGCGGAUGUGGCUGUCUGAGGAGUUCUUGUUGGAACAGCCGGCAGAGGCGGAUCUUGUGCUCAAUGCUGUCAGCAUGAAUGGAAGCAGCUGGCGAGUUGUGACAGAAGAAACCUGGUUGCAUCACGCUCUGAAUGGAGCGCCCAUGAAGUUCAUUGCUUUGGUGUCCAGGAGGCAGAAGGCAUCAGACUACAAGGACAUCAGGACUGCCAUGGACCUCGAGUCAUUCCUCUCAUGGAUCUCAGUCGUAGAUGCUGUCAGAUGCGCGCACGGUGCUGCAAAUCGCUGA